AUGAGGGUCUUGGCCCACACGGGGUUGGGUGUAGCACCCAGCUUGGAUGCAGAAAAGCCCCACCUGAGUACCCAAGGAGGAUCACAGAAGAUCCCAUGGGGGGACGUGGUUGCCUGGCAUCCAGCCUAUAAACAAGGAACCAGGAGACGGAAACCUCACCUGGAUGGGGCCUCUGACCGUGUCCCUCCUCGUCUGUACCCAGAGCCUGCUGUGGUGUUCGCCAAAGAUCAGCCUGUGCGCAGCGAGAUGAAGGCCGGGGCAGGAGCCAGUGCCACGCUGAGCUGCGAGGUGGCCCAGACCCAGACAGAGGUGACUUGGUACAAGGAUGGGAAGAAGCUGAGCUCAAGCUCAAAGGUGCGCAUGGAGGCUGCAGGCUGCAUACGGCGGCUGGUGGUGCAGAAGGCAGGGAAGGUGGACGCUGGGGAGUACACCUGUGAGGCUGGAGGCCAGAGCGUCUCCUUCUACCUGGAUGUCACAGAGCCCAAGGCAGUGUUUGCCAAGGAUCAGCCUGUGCACAGUGAGGUGAAGGCUGAGGCGGGAACUAAUGCCACACUGAGCUGCAAGGUGGCCCAGGCCCAGACGGAGGUGACGUGGUACAAGGAUGGGAAAAAGCUGAUCUCAAGCUCGAAGGUGCAUUUCGAGGCCACAGGCUGCACGCGGCGGCUGGUGGUGCAGAAGCCAGAGAAGGUGGAUGCUGGGGAGUACAGCUGCGAGGCCGGGGGCCGCAGGGUCUCCUUCCACCUGGAUGUCACAG